AUGUCAUCGUUAUUGGAGGAAGAUGAUGAAAUCAUAGUUGAAUCAGAGUCAAUCGUUACAAUUGCUUCUUCCACUAUUGGAGUACCAAAUAUGACAACAAGCAGUAUCGGUGGUGGUAGCAACAGCAACAACAGCAGUAGCAGCAGUAUCAAUAUAGUACAACAACAGCAGAAUGGAUCAACAGCAGGACAGUGUUCAAUCCAAUUGAAUGGAUCGAAUCAAUCGAUAUUGACAAAAUCGACCUCUACCUCUUCAGAGGGAUCACAAUACUCUUUGGCAACGGUGCCACCUCACCAGCCAAAGUUGGACAUAGUGAUGGGACGCAAACUUUCAGGUGCAUCGAAAACACUGCCUCUUUUUAUACCAACUUCGACGACAACAACAACAACAUCAGUACCUCCCAUAGCAGGCAGUCCAAAUUUAGAAUUUUUCGGAAGUAUAGGAAGCAAUAGCGGUGGAAAUACAUUAAAGUUGUCCGGUAUGAAUUUACCGCCUCCACCACCGGCACUACAUCUUCCGGACCAAGCAACUUCGCAGCCACAUGCCAAUCGUACACCCGAACCACUUUCACCAACAAAAUCAACAACCACAUCCAAUAAACAUCAUCAAAAAGAUAAAGAUAAACAUCAUCAACAUCAACAACAAACUACAACUACAACUACGACAACAACUACAACAACAGUAUCAUCACCAGUUGGAGUAUCUGGAGCAUCAUCACCAACACCACCAACACCAAGAAAGAACUCACCGGGUACACCAUCACCACUAUCAUCACCAACAAUGGCAGCACUCAACAGUAUGAUGCCUUAUCCACCGACUGAGAUUCAACACCGCAAAGGUUCACUCUCGAUUACAUCUGGUUCGGCAACCACCAAGAAACCAUUGAAUAGAUCUCCACUGCUCUCUGGAUCCAAUGGUUUCCAAAAAGCAGGUCCCGGUGAUAAAGUAAUGAAUUUCCUUGGUAAACUAAGUUUAAGUAAAGAGAGAAUGGGUAAAUUAGUACAACAAUCAAAAGAAGCAUAUAAAACUCCAAUUGGUCAAGGAGCACAACAACAACAAUCGACACCUUUCGAAGGUAUAUUUGGUAUUCCAUUAAGAGUGAUACUGCGAUAUCAGAGCGAAAUGGGAAAUCAAAUACCAUCGAUCUUAAAUAAUAUCUUUACGAUCUUGGAAUCGAGUCAAUCGCUGUCGACAGCCAAUCUCUUUAGAGAACCAGAGAACACAGAGGAUGUCAAAGAAGAUGUAGAAUCACUCGUCCAGCUUUACAAUACAGCUCAGGACGUACAGCUAAAGAAUUACAGUGUCAUUGUACUAGCUGAGCUUUUAGUGGAAUUCCUCAGACAACUUCCAGAACCAUUGAUCAGCUCUGAGUUUUACGAAACUCUUUUAAAUUAUUAUCAAACAGAAACAUUAUUACAUUUGAUGGUUAGAAAAAUGAAUCAACCAAACAAAUCAAUUUUAACUAGAUUCAUAAAGUUGUUGAAGGAUGUACUUUUAUAUUGUAAUUUCAAUGAUGUGACUUUGGAUCUUUUGGUGAAUAGAUUCUAUCCGUAUUUUAUGCGUCCAUCACCAACCGUUGCGUCACAGGCAAUCAUUAGCGAACAACAGCAGCAUACCAUCAAGGAUAUUCUUGGUAUGUUCAUUACACAAGCGGAUUCCCUCUUCCAAACAGGAGAUGAUAAAUCCAGCAACAGCAACAGCAACAACAACAACAACAACGACGAUUCUUUCCUAUUGUACAUUGAAGAGGUGGCUGCCACCCAAAAAACUAGUUCCACCGGUAACAUGUGGUUAUCUCAAAGACAAAUUGUUUGGAGACCAAAAGUAAAUCCAAAUGGAGAACAAGAUCUUGUAUUAUUAUUAAGUAGUAUAUUGAAGGUGGUGUUGGCACCUACCAACAAAAAAGAACAAAAGAUACUUCCGAAUCUGACGGUCUAUUGUAGUAGCGAUACCAAGACUGUCAUUACAUUUGGAUUCCAAACACCUGCCACCUGUAAAUUAGUAUAUUCAUUCAUCAAUGGAAUUACCAAAAAUAUUACCACCGUUACACCCAUCGGACGAACUCCACUCUCACAGAAAAUCGACAUGUUCUCACUGGAUCUCGAGAGUUUACCAAAUGAAAUUAAACAACUUAAACAAUUACAAGAAAUCAAUUUAAAUAGAAACAAAUUUAAAUUGUUACCGGGCGAUUUGGCAAGAUUGACUUCAUUGCGAACGAUCAGCAUUGAAGAGAAUCAUCUCUCUGAGAUCUCAGUGGAGAUGGCAGACUUUUUAGGUACAAGAUUGAAUCAGUUGGAGAAUGUUAGUUUCAGUAGUAAUCAACUGACGGAAAUGCCACCAUUACAUACUUGGGUGAGAUUGAAAACUCUCAACAUUUCAAAUAAUCAUCUAAUUGCAUUACCUGCCGAUAUAUUCCAAUUACCAUCUUUAGAAGUAUUGAGAGUAUCAAAUAAUUUAAUAGAUGAUGCAGGUAUUCCAAAGAUGAUUGGAACAACACGACUGAGAUCGUUGGAUCUUCGUGGAAAUAGAAUGGGUUCUAUUCCCGAUGGCAUUACUAAUCUCGGGGAGUUGCAAGUUCUGACACUGCAGGACAAUCAGAUCACAGAGAUUGCAGCGAACAUUCAGAAACUUUCGAAUCUGACAGAGUUGAAUUUGAAUGGAAAUCAAAUCAAUGCUUUGCCACCACAGAUCUUGCAUUUGACCAACUUGAAAAAGUUGUAUUUGGAUAACAAUCAGCUGCAAUCGAUAUCGUCUGCCAUUCAUAGAAUGCAAUCGCUGAUUGAGUUGCGUCUCACCAAUAACAACAUCUCGCGUAUUCCUCCAGGAAUCGUUGCACUCAAGAAGCUGGUUUCACUCGAACUCACUGGAAAUCGUCCACUCAAGGAGCACAUCCCCGAGAAGUUUAUCGUUCGUGGCAAAGAAGGAAUAUUUUCAUACUUCUCAGAGAUAAUGCGUGCCAACGUUCCGUGCUAUCGAACUCGUAUCAUUAUGGUCGGUGAAAAGGGUGCCGUGUCUGAAGAAGCUGCCCAAAGCCGUUGUGACACCGCCCACACCAACACAGGUACUGGACAUUCAGGAUUGGCAGUGUCUUUUGCAUAUCGAUGGCGUUGA